AUGUUAGACCCUGCUUGUUCUGUGGAGCUAGAGAAUGUUUUUGGCCCCAUAGUUGCCUCAUCAUGUUUGCAUGGCUUUGACUUCACUCUCCUCUUCGAAGAGACCAUCCUGACUCUGCUACCACUUGGUCUGGUGUUGAUAAUUGCGUCAAUUCGCAUUUGGAAACUCCAUGGAGUUACGGAAAAAGUGAACCGAUCGUGGUCAUAUGCCGCGAAAGAGUUCUCUUGGCUGCUCUACUCCUCAUGCCAUCUGGGGUCGUUGGUUCUUUGGAGACAUCCAGAUGCUCCUAAAACCAGCGCAACUCUAGCCACCGAGGCUGUCACGAUCUGUGCCUCGUUGGUUCUGCUCUACCUCUCCCAUCUGGAGCAUCUCCGCUCCAUUCGUCCGUCCACCAUUUUGAACUCAUUCCUUGUCUUCACGUUGCUGUUAGAUCUACCUCGCCUACGGACGUUGUAUUUUAUGCCUGAGACUCGGUCGGUGUUUUCGGUGCUCGCGAUAUCAUGGACGAUCAAGUCAAUCACCCUCUUUUUAGAGGCGGCGGAGAAGCGACCCUUGCUGAAAAAGGCUUAUGAGCAAAGUCCCAUUGAGUCGACCAGUGGUGUGCUCAGCCGCGUUACCUUCUGGUGGUUAAAUCCUGUCCUUUGGCUUGGAUCGAAGUCCCAAUUGACCGUGGAGAGCCUCCCUGCACUUGAUCAUGAUAUCCAAGCCGCAUCGGAUUCUACUAUACUCUCGGAGAAAUGGCGCAACGCCAAUCAAUAUAACUCGAAUGCAUUGUUGUGGAUAAUGAUAUCGCAUUAUAAAUGGGCCUUCCUGCGGGGUGUUCUUCCCCGGCUUCUGCACACCGGCUUCUGUUUCGGCCAGCCCUUCCUCGUGGAGCGCGUGCUAAACUUCAUGACCGAGCCGGAACAUGUCAACUCGACGAACUACGCACGGGGGCUCGUUGCCGCUUAUGCCAUUGUGUACAUCGGCAUCGCGAUUUCUCGUUCCGCAUACGAGCACCAGACGAACCGGAUAAUUGCUAUGGUGCGAGGGAGCUUGGUAACGCUCAUCUUUGAGAAGACUUUGCGAAUGAGCACCUCUGCUGUUGCGGACUCCGGUGCGAUCACUCUGAUGAGUACAGAUAUUGAACGCAUUAGCGGUUGCCUACGUGAGAUUCACGAAGUAUACUGCAGUCUCAUCGAGAUUGCCGUCGCAUUGUGGUUGCUUGCACGGCUUUUGAAGCUGGCGGUCAUCUCAUCAACCGUCUUUGUGAUCUUAUGUCUGAUAGCGGGUGUGCCCCUGGCUGUCUCCUGUGGCGAGGCACAGGGGGUUUGGCUGGAAGCUGUCGAAGAACGCGUUGCAGUGACUUCUAGAGUUCUAGGUGUCAUGAAAAGUGUCAAAAUGACGGGCUUGACAGAAACCAUUUCCAACAGUCUUCGAGAUCUACGGUCAGCCGAGAUUGAUUCUUCGUUCAAAUUCCGCCUUUACGAAGCAUUGGGGGUCACACUUUCUUUUGCAUCGUCGACACUCUCGCCGGUAUUUGGAUUCGGUGCCUAUAUCCUGAUUGCGCGCGCAAAUGAUUCAAAUACACUCACGAAUGGGCUGGCUUUUUCCGCGCUGACACUUUUCUCGAUAUUGGAUAUGCCUAUGGGCUCUAUCGUCAAUGGCUCGGAAGACUCCUUGGCGGUAGUAAAUUGCUUCCAGCGAAUUCAAAAGCACUUACUUGAGAAGGAAAAGACAGAUUACAGGCUGAGCCAUGGCUCUCAGCAUCCACCAUCGGUGCCACCGGCGACUGCGGCUCGUCUUGUUGACAUUGAUGUUACAACUGAGCAACAUUCCAUGGAGCCCUGUACAACCAUGAGAAACCUCUCUGCCUCUUGGUCUGUCGAUACCGAGUCAGUUCUCAAGGAUCUCAAUCUUGACAUUCCUUCAUCUGAAACCACAAUGAUCGUUGGACCUGUCGGUAGUGGGAAAUCUUCUUUCCUUCGGGUUCUGCUUGGGGAAAUUCCCGAAUGCUCUGGCACAAUAUCUACCAACUUUACACAUGCAGCUUACUGCAAUCAGUCACCAUGGAUUACUUUUGGAACAAUCCAGGAAAACAUCAUUGGCGGCUCAUCAUGGAACCAAGCGCUCUACAACCAGAUCGUCAAAGUCUGCGCCCUUGAAACUGACUUCCAGCAACUUCCAUCAGGGGACCAAACUAAAGUGGGUGUUCGCGGAUCUAGACUCAGUGGUGGACAGCAAAUGAGAGUGGCACUCGCGCGGGCGCUUUACUCCAAGGAGCAAGUUCUGAUUCUGGAUGAUGCUCUUACUGGUCUGGACCGCGAGACCGAGAAGCUGAUUUUGGAAAAUGUCUUUGCUGCCAAAGGCAUCAUCAAAGAGUCUCGCCGAACAGUGAUCAUGGCAACAAAUUCAGCACAUCAUCUUCUCUACGCAGAUAAUAUCAUUGCACUUGAUGCAAGUGGAAGAGUGAUUGAGCAAGGACGCUAUCAGGAUCUCAUGAAUGCUGGCGGAUAUGUUAGCACCAUUUCGGGAAGUUCCAAGGCGCCAAGUACCACUCGUGCUCCUGAUAUGACUAUAGAGCAAGAAACUCUUCAGGGACUGAGCAUCGAAGAAGAUCAAGAGGGAGACUCUGGUCGCAGAACUGGCGACCUCACAGUCUACACCUUCUACUUCCAAAAUAUCGGCUGGCCACUUCUGCUGACCUUCAUUGCAUGCUGUGUUCUGUUUAUUCUCGGAUUGAGCUUCCCGCAAAUAUGGCUUCAAUGGUGGACUCGGGCCAACGAGCAGCAUCCAAAUCAGCAUGUCUGGUACUGGCUUUCUGUUUAUGCAGCACUUGGUCUGUUUUCUCUUUUCUCGGCCUUCUUAGGCUCAUGGGUUAUCAUCAUGAUCAUCCAGCCCAAAGCAUCUCGAAAAUUCCAUGAGAUUCUUUUGCGGACUACAAUGAGCGCCACAACCUCAUUCUUGACCUCUACAGAUGCAGGAACUACUACCAACAGUCAAGACCUGGAGCUCAUUGAUGGGGAGCUCCCAUGUGCUCUAGAGCUUACUAUCAAUGCGGCCCUCAGUUGUGUCAUUGAGGGUUUCCUUGUAUUCUUCGGCUCAUCUUACCUCACAGCGGCGGCGAUCCCAUUCUGCGUUCUAGCAGUAUACUAUGUGGCAACCUUUUACGUUCAAACUUCACGCCAAAUGCGACUUUUGGAUAUUGAGAAGAAGGCACCUUUGUUCUCCCAGUUCCUGGAGACUCUAGGCGGCUUGUCCAGUAUUCGAGCCUACGGCUGGGAGGGCGAUUACCAACGCCGCAAUCAAAUCGCACUCGAAGCCUCUCAACGCCCUUUCUAUAUGCUUUAUUGCAUCCAGCGGUGGAUUACACUCGUUUUAGAUUUGCUGGUGGCGGCCAUUGCCGUUAUUGUCAUCUCUGUGGCCCUUUCCUUGAGAGGCAACGCAUCUAUGAACUUGUUGGGCAUCGCCCUUUUCAACAUUGUCAACUUCAGUGCCACAUUGCAAUCGCUUGUGAAGAAUUGGAUUGAACUAGAGACUUCUAUUGGUGCUGUCUCUCGGAUACGAUCCUAUGAGCAGCAAACUUUAACCGAGGAUCUGGAUUCUGAAACGCAGAUUGUUGCCGAAGAUUGGCCUCAAAAAGGCUGUGUUGAGAUUCACAAUCUAUCAGCAUCUUAUGAGGUUACAUCAGAGCCAGUACUGAAGGAGAUAGAUCUUAAAGUGUCUCAUGGUGAAAAGGUUGCCCUGUGUGGCAGAACUGGCAGUGGCAAAUCGUCACUUGUGUCAGCAUUACUUCGAAUACUUGAGCCGAGUUGCGGCUCCAUCUUUAUUGACAACACAGACAUUUCGAGGAUGUCCAGAGCAAACGUUCGCUCAAAAAUCAACACCAUCCCACAGCAGCCAUUUUUCCUCCGCGGAUCGAUACGACUCAACGCCAACCCAGAAGAAAAUGUCACUGAUGACACAAUCAUUGAGUGUCUCCAAAUAGUCAAGCUAUGGUCACUCAUCGAGUCUAAAGGCGGACUGGAUGCCGAUUGGUCGGACGACCUUCUGUCCCAUGGACAACAGCAGCUCUUCUGUCUUGCGCGUGCUAUGUGCAAGUCUAGCAAUCUCCUCGUCAUGGAUGAGGCUACCAGCAGGUACGCGAAGAUAUCCCAAAGUAUUGAAACAUAUGCUGACGCUCCGCGAAGUGUGGACGCUGAAACAGAUACCCUCAUGCAACGUGUUAUUCGGGAGCAAUUCAAGGACCGGACUAUCAUUGCUAUUGUGCAUAAACUGCAUACUGUUUUGGACUUUGACAAAAUUGCCGUCAUGGACAAUGGUCGGAUCGUGGAAUUCGAUUCACCGGCGGCGCUUCUUUCCAAAGAAGGCUCGGCUUUCAAAUCAUUGUAUGAGAGCUUUCAUCAUGAUGCUGAUAUCUAG